AUGAUUUUCACAGCAGUCAAUGCACCGUUCUCCAAUGGCCUAAACGAAAGAUUAAACCAGACGCUAGUCAACAAAAUCAGAUGUAAAAUAAACGAGAGAGGGAAUAAGAAAGCAUGGACUACGAUAGCUCAAGAAUGCAUAAAUAAAUACAAUGAUACUGAACAUACAGUCACGGGUUUCGCACCAAGAUACCUACUAUAUGGAACAGAUGUUACUUUGAUACCAAAAGAAUUAAAACAGGAUGUACAAAAGGAAGACUGGACUAAAGACCGACAAAAAGCUAUUGAGAAUACAAAAAAAUCACACGCAUACAACAAAAAUCUAUUCGACAGAAAUCGCAAGGACUAUAACUAUAAAAUAGGAGACAUAGUAUACGUGGAAAAUGGCAAUAAAUUAAAUAGAAAAAAAUUAGACGAAUUAAAUAUUGGACCAUACAAGAUUACAGAGAAGAUUUCGGACUCCAUCUACAAAUUAGACACCGGUCACAAAAAGGAAGAAUCCAAUUUCUUUCACAUAACAAAGUUAGUUCCGGUACCUAUAAACGACAUAAAAAAAGAAGACUAA